UCCUCUUAAGCGGGCAAUCUGGGUCCCAUCUGUCGCCGCUCACGUCUGACCUGGGUCAACGUGCCGCUUCCGCCGUUAUUAUCGGACAUCUGAAGAGGCUCGAAGCCAGCAGAAGACACCCCAGGGCUCCCGCUGCUGCUGCUGCUGCCGCGGGCCAUGCUGCUGUCUCCUCAGGCGGAGAGGAACUGGGAGCAAGUGUGCUCGGUGCCGCAAGAAGCGCUGGAGGAGCAGUCCCACCGGCAGCUCUUCGCCCUGGAGCUGGGCUCAGGAACCGGGCAGCACGUCAUUCGCUUCGCCCAGAAGAUGCCCUUCGUCACCUGGCAGCCGUCGGACAUCCAGGAGGAGGCCCGGCAGAGCAUCAGGGCGUACAUCGCCGCCACCAACCUGACGACGGUUCUGCCGCCUGUGCGCCUGGAUGCCAGCGAACCUUGGGAGAAGUGGGCGGGGGUCCCUCGUGGCUCCUGUGACGUCAUUGUUGCCAUUAACCUACUGCAGUACAGCACCUUCAAGACAGCACAGGGUGUUUUCAACGGGGCAGGUCAGGUCAUCGAAGAAAAUGGUCUCUUGGUGACAUACGGGGCGUACGCCAUUAACGGCACCAUUACGCCACCAUGCAACCAACUCCUUGAUGACGAGCUUCGCAAAGUGAAUCCCGAGUGGGGACUUCCGGACGUGGACGUGCUCCGACAGCUGGCCUACGGAAACGGGAUGCGCAUGGAGAGGAUGGUUAGACACGUAUACGCACACGACGCUGCUUAAGAAGUAGUGACAAAACUAUUGUCUUUUUGUCAUACAGGCAGAGAUGGAAGAAUGUUACAAAUGUCUCAUCUUCAGAAAAAUAUAGACAUACGCAUCACUGUACUCUUUAUUGACAAGAAAUAAAAGUGCAACGAUCCAAAUGUUUUGUUUUUAAGCCCUAUGACAGGGGGAAAAAAAAAAUAAAUGGACCAAGUGGACAAUAAGAACCAGUUAUUUAUUAAAUAUAAAUUUAAAAUGACUUGCAAGCCAGACAGAUGGCUAUGAUAGAGUAAAGAAGGACCACAAAGUUACAGAGAGCGCCGAUUGGUGAUCGGCGAUGGACUACAUGCGGCGUUUCCACUCGCCCUCGUGCACGUCGAGCGCACUCGCACAUAGAAAGGAGGCAGAUGAGCUGAUGCAUACAACACGAGAGGUGUCACCAUGUGGAUAAAAUGAAUGAUCGGAUUAUAUUAGGGAAUGGCUUCAGUGGCACAAAAGUGAAUCUUCUCCCAGCUAAUUGUAAAUAAUCGCAAACAAUUCACGAUGAGGAAAGGCCAAACCAAAAGAUACAAUGUUAGUUGGUGUGGAUGAAGAAGAGGAUGGAACCAGCAAUGGGAAUGUUAAGCUGUGAAACUGAUGACGUGUUAGUGCUGUUCAUUCCAAGCCUCUCACUGUGCUUCCUCUCCUUUAACACACACACAAAAUUCUAUUAACACCUCUCAGUCAAAAAAGAAAGUGUUCAGACAGACUCCACUCUGGAAUACAAUUUUUAAAAAAUCAAUGCGUUUUUUUUUUUUUUUUUUGU